CAGCCCAGUAACCUCAAAAGCCUCAAGAAAAAUUGUAUAUUCUGCAUAACUCCUAGUUUUUAGAGAUGUCAGGUCACAAGGAGGUCCUAGGAAUGACAAAAAAACUCUUGGAAAGAGUCGCUUCAAUAAGUCUUUCAAGUAUGGUAAAGAGAAGGAAAAGACGAUGGAUCAGACAAUUACUCAAACUCCUAAGAAGAAAAAACCGUAUGCUUCCGUUCCCUAUCUCUUCUUUUCUACUUUACUUUGAUGUUUGACACAUUAGGUAUGCACUCACUCAAAAGUUCCUGAGGAGCAAAGAAAUCAUCCAGAAUCAAGGCAUGAUUUUACGGCUAAAACCAAGGCUACGAACAGGGUACAACUUGGGGCGUUCAGAGAAGCCUAAGAGGUACACCAGUCCUAGAACAACCACAUUUCCGAAGCCAGGAAACCUGCAGAAGAUCAUCAGCACAAUGAAGAGGGUCAGGUCGCCGGAAGUGCGAUUUGGGAGCUUGCACAAUUUCUUUGACCAACGGAAAGACCGUAAAAUGAUGUAUCCUCAGAAGUGGGUAGGCCCUUCCUUGGCUCAUCCAUAAGACUUGACAAGUUUCACAAAGGUGAAUUUGAAGGAAUCCAAAGAUAAAAAUCUAUUUUUAGGUAUGAUCCAGAACAAGCUGAGAGACUUGUAAUCAGAAAAUUCUUGCAUUCUAAGAUAUUCAGGAUCAAUAUCUGUGAACACUU